GUGUAGUUCGUGUUCACAUCAUUUCUUCCGUGUAUCAGUAGAAGUCAUAGCUAACAAGAUGGAGACCGCUAGCAAAGCUGGACAUCUCAUGAGCCUAGCAGCUCUUCAACAACAGGAUCCGUACAUUAAUAAACUCCUCGAUGUUACGGGGCAGGUAGCACUCUACACAUUUAACUCCAAAACAAACGAAUGGGAGAAAACCGACAUUGAAGGCACCUUAUUUGUUUAUGCCAGGUCUGCCUCCCCUCACCAUGGCUUCACCAUUAUGAACCGUCUGAGCACGGACAACUUGGUAGAACCCAUCAACAAAGACCUGGAGUUCCAGCUCCAGGACCCCUUUCUGCUCUACAGGAAUGCCAACUUAGGCAUUUACAGCAUCUGGUUCUACGAUAAGAAGGACUGCCAGCGCAUCGCUCAACUUAUGGUGACGAUUGUGAAACAGGAAGCAGUUCAAGCCCAGAGGACGUCACCAGAGAGGGCGGGGCCUGGGAGGACCAAUGGCUGCUCAGGGCCCCGUCCGAUUGACAUCAUGGAGCUCCUCAGCAAGGCCAAGGAGGAGUACCACAGGACCCAGACAGGUGACGGGGACAUGUCCCUUACUACUGAGUUGACCAGCGCCCUCCCCAGAGCUGCUCCGGAUCCUACUGAGCAUGCUCACGCCCCCCCUCAGCCAGAGAAGAGCUCCCAGUCAGGUCUGAAGCAGAUCACAGUGGAGGAGCUCUUCAGAACAUCUCAGCCCAAGGAGAGCAUUCUGCCUGCGCUGCCCACCUCCGACACUGCCCUCCCUGCCAGCUACCUCCAGCCUCACGGCUACCCCCCACCCGCACCCUUCCAGCCCCUCCUACGCCCCCACCUCACCUCCGACCCAGGGGUACACCCCCGGCCCCUGGCCCCAGGCCUGCUCCCCUACGCCCCCCUCCACCCAGGUCCCCGCUUCCGAGGCGGUCUUCCAGGGGAGCAGCAGCCUCGCGCGUCCGUGUCCCCGCUCCUGGUGGCCUCAUCUGGGGCUGAAGCCCGGCCGGCUCCCCCACCCUCUGCCAUACCCUCCUCCUCCUACCUGGGGCACGAGCUGCUGAGCACACUCAAACCCCCUGGGUCCUCAGACCUCCACAAACCCACCCUGGCCCCCAACUUCCUGCCCAGCCCGCUGGCCACGCCCCAGAGCUUCAGGGAGCCAAUCAGCAAGCCUGCUCACUCUGCCCUCAGUAGCAUGGCAAGCCCAGGCCCAAUCCAGCAGGUGAAGGAGGGGGAGGCAUUCCCCCAGGCCAGCCUGGUCAAACCCCUCACAACUGUCCCUAUGAAGGCGGGGAUAGCAGUACCAGGGGUGGGGCCUGUCGUCUCAGGGGCGGAGCUCUCCGUGUUGAUGUCGCCCAGCGCCUUCCAGCAUUCCGUCGCCAAGGCAGCGGAGCGGCCGAGGAGCGGCGCCCCUCCCACCUCCCCUCCCUCUUCCUCUGGGGGGGCAGACAACCAGCCGCCCCCCUGCAACAAGAGCCAGCUCCAGGAAACACUCAUCCACCUCCUCAAGACGGACGCGGCCUUCCUCAGCACCAUCCAUGACGCCUACCUGCAGAGUCUCUCCAAGGACCUGGCCAACGUCCAGCUAUAGCCACACACCCUCCACGCCCCACCCUGGACCCUUGGACUGUGCGGGUCAUGGCAAGGUAACCAGAUACUGACCUCCCAACAGUACGGAGCGGACGACAGGGACAACAGAGGGGGGACCGGGGACCCCCUGGGACUUUGAGGACUCACACACACACACACACACAUAUGCACUGGUGCUCCAGCGCAGAGACUGUCUGUAUUCUGUGUGUGUGUGGAGUAGCCAAUGGACUGCAAGAACAAAACAGGAAGAGGAUCUCAGACGUACAGCCCUCCUCCUGGACCCAGCUCAGCCCUGUCUGCAUACAGACUAGUGGGGUGGGAGGAGGGGGGGAAGAGGCUGUACCACUCACUGGUGCCACAGCAUGUUCUACAUGGACUCAGUGGGGUGUAGAGGUCUUCACCACCAGAGGGCGAUGUGAUGAGGAGGUGGAGGACAGGUGGUCCCCACCAACGCAAUGUCUGUCUCCUGUUUCAGAUCUGUUCAGGCACUAGACCCAGAUACAACUCUCACUUUCUCUCUCACUUUCUCCCUCUGUGUUUGGUUCUCUUAUCCCCCCCCUCCAUGAUUCCUUCAUUUUCACUAUUUCUCUCCCCCCCCUCAUUAAACUAUCCAUCAGGGCAGCCUCCCUCUGACCAUGUGCUUGAACCAGGCCUCUAUCUAUCUGCAUGGCCCGUUUUCCUGGAUAUGGUCACAGUGUCUGGACUAAAGGAGUUUUUUUGCAGUAGAAUUGUACCCAUGUUAUUUUGCAGUAAAGGCUACUGCAGCACUAAACCUGAGCUGGCUGCACCAGGCAGCAUUAAAUUACUCCCUUUUUAAAGGCACAGCCAUUCACUUCAGCAGGCUUUGAGUGUGCCAGGGUCAAUAUCGUCGGUGACAUAUUAUGGUGUUAUAGCAGUUUGUUUACAAAGACUUGAAUGAUAAUGGAAAUGUUAACAGUAAGAGCAGCUUGGAUUUUGCUCUUCUGUACCUAUAGGAAGUUUUUUGUCAAAGAGGUAGACCAGACCGGCGUAUUAUAGAAGGUGCCUUUUAAAACAAACGGACAAGAAAUCUUGUGUGUUUAACACUGCAAUCAACAUCAAAGUGAUUUGUUUUGUUGUCAAUUUGCUCAUACAAGGAAGUUAACUGAACUUUGUUUUCAGAUUUGACCCUUUCAACCUUGAUAUGCAAUGCAGUACGUUCUGUGUGUGUGUGUGUUCUGUGUCUGUGUGUGUGUGUCUGUGUGUGUGUGGGGAGAGAGGGUUGGGGGGUGGGUUAUAGGGAGGGGGAUGUGGUGUGGAUGCCGGGCCCACGCAUCAGACACACCGACCACUUCUGUCUGGACUGGAGUGUGCCUUUUACUGAGACACACAGAUAUUCAUGGUCACUGCUACAAACCGCAACAUCCACUGACGCAGCGCUUUCUCAAGCAAUGUGUUUCCAUGACGUUACCUUGACUGAUCUCUGAUCAGUUUUACUCAGUUUGUAUGUGGUAGGCUAACUAGACGUGAGUCUGAUGCACCUUGUUCAUGCUUCAUAUCCAUCCAGUAAAACAGUAUUUUACGAGCAGCCUGUCUAUAUGGUUUCAUUCAUACGGUAGGACGAUGCGUGUAUGCUACAUAUUAUUUCACCAGGAACGCCUACAUAAGCACAACAGAAAGGUUUGGAAAGAUUUUUUAAAAGCCAGUCUCCAUGUUUUAAGAUUUUUAAUGUUCUUCUACACUUAGUUAAAAUGUGGCUUUCAUUGUUCAGACUUAAACUGUGUAUAUUGUUACGAUGUUUUGGGAGUAUAUUUCUGAAUCAAUCACAAUUUUUAUUUUUAUCACUGUGUACUUUUGUUUUCGUAUGACGUCCUAUUUUGUGAUAAUAAAAUGUUCUCCGACAGACAAGUUUAUUGACAGGGUCUGCCACCAACGUAACCUAGAUGAAUUGGUUAAACUCACAAUACUACCCUACCGCCCACCUAGAACCACCUGGCUAAAGGGGUGUUAAAGAGAAGUGAUCGUGAAGUGCAUGAGUCAACAGUAGGCAACGCUAGUUGACGACACUCCAUAGCCAUGAAAGAAGUGAGAGUAGCAGAUGUGGAGGGAGGAAGAGGAGACAAAGCAAAAAUAUAUAUCUGGGGAAAGUGCAGGAAAUCCUCAAAUUAAUUUGUUCUCAGAUAAGCCGAAAUUAAUGAACCAUUUCAGCCAUUUGGUUUUAUUCUUUACUUCUGUACUUGUAGACGGGUGUGGAGAUGUGUUUACACAUAAGUAAAGAAAUUAUGGAAAAUGUAAUAUAAUCGUAUCGUCAAUAUUAAUAUAAUAACAUUCCUCGCAGUUUAGAACCGCUACUCGUCUGCCCUCCUCGUUUUACCAACAGCAGUUUCUCCAAGUUGCCACUAGAUGGCAAUAUAUGAUGUUUAGCGCUUCACCGUCACACUUCUCUGUGGGCUACCAACCUGCUCACACUGGCUCCACGCUCUUAUAUAC